AUGGUGAAACGCGCCGCGGCUGCCACGUCAGCUUGGCGACAGGCGGUGCCGUUUCCCCUGAGUGAUUUCUUUUUCGAUCCUGACGGGGUGGGCGUUAAGAGGGGGAGGGAGGAAGAGGAACGGCUUAUUCAUGACAUCUAUUUCAAGGCUGAGAAUGGCCGACCUUUGGAGCAGGUCGACACAGAAGCUAUCAAGGCAAAGGUGCUGACAUCAACAGGGUUCGAGGCUGAGUCAGCAGUGAAUCCACGUCAGUGCCAGCAAGGCGUGGUCUUCUAUGGCCGCCUUUCUGCUCCUGCUCCGUCUGUGUAUUCCACCAUUCAGGCUCGCCUCGACACCUCAUUCCCCGGCCUCUGCGCAGUGCUCGCUAGAGACGGCAUCAUCCGGCCGGCAAUCAGCGUCCUUAUUGCCCCACGGCAACACCUCCUCUCCUUCUCCCUCCCCCGGCCCGUCUUCACCUCCAUUUCCUGCCUCACUCUCACGCUCUCCCUCCUCAUCCUCUCCUCCUCUCUCUCUGUCGACCCCACACUCUCUCCCACUACCUCUCCUCUCCUCACUGCUGCCGCUGUGCCACUUGGCGUGCUCCUAGUGGCUGCUGCCGGUGCUGGGGUAAGGGCUGUAGCAGCACAGCAACACGGGGUAUUACAAGUCCUCGACACCCCUCUCCCUCUACCCUCCCCUGCCUUCGGGAUAAUCACGGCACUGUUUGGAAGGAAGCAGCAGCAUGCAGUGUCCAUGGGUGUGUUAGCAGCAGCAGCCGUUUCCCUUGUGCUCAGACCAGACGGACGGGAAAAUGCAGCGACGUGGUUGGUGCUGGCGAUGGUUCUGCUGAAGCGAGAUGAUUGGUUUCAACGGGAAGAGGUUUCAGAGCCGUCGGGAGUGAGGAAGCUGGUUGCGGCUGCGCUUGUAGCUGCUUCCAUAUUGAUAUUGUGGCCUUGGUGCGACAUGGCAUGA